GCAGUGCCCCGCGGGGGGGCGGGGCUCAGAUUCCUGUCAGCGGCGGCGGCGGUGGCGGCGACCGUCAGUUUUCGCUGAGGAGAAGCACGGAACGGACCCUUUGGCUAUCCCCCUUCCCCUUCCCCGCCCUGAACCCCUCUCCUGGCCGCCGAGUAUCAGUCCCUGUGGAGUUCCCCCUCCACCUCGCCUCCUUUUCCUCGGUCCUUGGCCCGGUGGAAGUCACUACCCUCGAGGAGGAGGCAGCGGCAGCCGCCCUCGCCUCGCCGCCCCCGGUUCGGUGCCCGCGGUCCCGGAGAGGAGGUGCCGCCGCCACCGCCGCUCCUCCCCUCCCGCUGCCCUCGGGCCGGGCUGGGUCGAGCUGCGAUGCCCUCGGACUUCAUUUCAUUGCUCAGCGCGGACCUAGACCUGGAAUCGCCCAAGUCCCUGUACUCGCGAGACGGAGUCUCACUGUGUUGCCCAGGCUGGAGGGCAGUGGUGCGAUCUUGGCUCACUGUAACCCCCACCUCCCAGGUUCAAGCGAUUCAUCUGCCUCAGCCUCCCAAGUAGCUGGGAUUACAGAAUCUGUCUAUGAUCUUCUCCCAAAGGAGUUACAAUUACCUCCAUCUAGAGAAACAUCUGUAGCAUCAAUGAGUCAGACAAGCGGUGGUGAGGCAGGCUCGCCUCCUCCAGCUGUUGUUGCUGCUGAUGCUUCUUCAGCUCCCUCCUCUUCCUCCAUGGGCGGUGCUUGCAGCUCCUUUACCACCUCUUCCAGCCCUACCAUUUAUUCUACCUCAGUCACCGACAGCAAGGCUAUGCAAGUGGAGAGCUGCUCCUCAGCCUUGGGGGUAAGUAACAGAGGGGUAAGUGAAAAGCAGUUAACCAGUAACACAGUUCAGCAGCAUCCAUCAACACCGAAGAGGCACACAGUCUUGUACAUCUCACCACCACCUGAGGACUUGCUGGAUAACAGUCGGAUGUCCUGCCAGGAUGAGGGGUGUGGAUUGGAAUCUGAGCAGAGCUGCAGUAUGUGGAUGGAGGAUUCCCCCUCCAACUUCAGUAACAUGAGCACCAGUUCCUACAAUGAUAACACUGAGGUACCUCGUAAAUCACGAAAACGAAAUCCAAAGCAGAGGCCGGGGGUCAAACGACGAGAUUGUGAAGAAUCUAAUAUGGAUAUAUUUGAUGCCGACAGUGCCAAAGCACCUCACUAUGUGCUUUCUCAGCUUACCACGGACAACAAAGGCAACUCAAAAGCGGGAAAUGGAACAUUGGAAAGCCAAAAAGGAACUGGAGUAAAGAAGAGCCCUAUGUUGUGUGGACAAUAUCCUGUUAAAAGUGAGGGAAAGGAGCUGAAGAUAGUUGUACAACCUGAGACACAGCACCGAGCUCGGUACCUUACUGAGGGCAGCCGCGGCUCAGUAAAAGACAGAACACAGCAAGGCUUUCCUACAGUAAAGCUGGAAGGCCACAAUGAACCUGUAGUGUUGCAAGUGUUUGUGGGCAACGACUCUGGACGAGUGAAACCACAUGGAUUUUAUCAGGCCUGCAGGGUAACUGGACGAAAUACAACUCCUUGCAAAGAAGUGGACAUUGAAGGCACUACUGUUAUAGAAGUCGGCCUUGAUCCUAGCAACAACAUGACACUGGCGGUGGACUGUGUAGGGAUAUUGAAAUUGAGGAAUGCUGAUGUUGAAGCCAGAAUAGGAAUUGCUGGUUCCAAGAAGAAAAGCACUCGUGCCAGAUUGGUUUUUCGAGUUAAUAUCACGAGGAAAGACGGCUCCACUUUGACUCUGCAAACACCCUCUUCUCCAAUUUUGUGUACUCAGCCAGCAGGAGUGCCAGAAAUCUUAAAGAAAAGCUUGCAUAGCUGUUCAGUAAAAGGAGAAGAAGAAGUGUUUUUAAUCGGCAAGAACUUUCUGAAAGGAACUAAAGUUAUUUUCCAAGAAAAUGUUUCUGAUGAAAACUCUUGGAAGUCAGAAGCUGAAAUUGACAUGGAAUUAUUUCAUCAGAAUCAUCUUAUUGUGAAGGUUCCCCCCUAUCAUGAUCAACAUAUAACUUUGCCUGUAUCAGUGGGAAUAUAUGUAGUGACGAAUGCUGGAAGAUCUCAUGAUGUUCAACCAUUCACUUAUACUCCAGACCCAGCAGCAGCUGGUGCUUUGAAUGUAAAUGUGAAGAAGGAAAUAUCUAGUCCAGCAAGACCUUGCUCUUUUGAAGAGGCCAUGAAAGCAAUGAAGACUACUGGAUGUAAUUUAGAUAAGGUAAAUAUUAUUCCUAAUGCCCUGAUCACUCCACUCAUACCAAGCAGUAUGAUUAAGAGUGAAGAUGUUACUCCAAUGGAAGUAACAGCAGAAAAAAGAUCUUCCAGUAUUUUUAAGACUUCAAACACAGUUGGAUCAACUCCGCAAACAUUAGAAAACAUCUCAAACAUAGCAGGAAAUGGCUCUUUUUCAUCACCAUCAUCUUCUCACCUGCCUUCAGAAAAUGAAAAACAGCAGCAGAUUCAGCCCAAAGCUUACAACCCAGAGACCCUGACAACUAUUCAAACCCAGGACAUCUCACAGCCUGGUACUUUUCCAGCAGUUUCUGCUUCUAGUCAGCUGCCCAACAGUGAUGCUCUAUUGCAGCAGGCUACACAGUUUCAGACAAGAGAAACUCAGUCUAGAGAGGUAUUACAAUCAGAUGGCACAGUGGUUAAUUUGUCACAACUGACUGAGGCGUCACAACAGCAGCAGCAGUCCCCACUACAAGAACAAGCACAGACUUUACAGCAGCAGAUUUCAUCAAAUAUUUUUCCAUCACCAAAUAGUGUGAGUCAGCUUCAGAAUACUAUUCAGCAGUUGCAAGCAGGGAGUUUUACAGGCAGCACUGCUAGUGGCAGCAGUGGAAGUGUUGACUUGGUCCAGCAAGUUUUAGAGGCACAGCAACAGUUAUCUUCAGUUUUAUUUUCUGCUCCAGAUGGUAAUGAGAAUGUUCAAGAGCAGCUUAGUGCAGAUAUUUUUCAACAAGUCAGUCAAAUUCAAAGUGGUGUAAGCCCUGGAAUGUUUUCCUCAACAGAGCCAACAGUCCAUACCAGACCAGAUAAUUUAUUACCUGGAAGAGCUGAAAGUGUCCAUCCACAGUCUGAAAACACGUUAUCUAAUCAACAGCAGCAGCAGCAGCAACAGCAAGUGAUGGAAUCUUCAGCCGCAAUGGUGAUGGAGAUGCAACAGAGUAUCUGCCAGGCAGCUGCCCAGAUUCAGUCAGAGUUAUUCCCUUCAACUGCCUCAGCAAAUGGAAACCUUCAGCAAUCACCAGUUUACCAGCAGACUUCUCACAUGAUGAGUGCAUUGUCUACCAGUGAGGAUAUGCAAAUGCAGUGUGAAUUGUUUUCUUCUCCUCCUGCAGUUUCUGGAAAUGAAACUUCUACAACCACCACACAGCAGGUUGCAACCCCUGGCACUACCAUGUUUCAGACACCAAAUUCAGGAGAUGGAGAAGAAACUGGAACACAAGCAAAACAGAUUCAGAACAGUGUCUUUCAGACGAUGGUCCAAAUGCAACAUAGUGGGGACAGUCAACCUCAAGUUAACCUUUUUUCGUCCACAAAAAGUAUGAUGAAUGUUCAGAAUAGUGGUACGCAGCAACAAGGUAAUGGUUUAUUCCAGCAAGGGAAUGAGAUGAUGUCACUUCAAUCUGGAAAUUUUUUGCAGCAGUCUUCUCAUUCACAGGCCCAGCUUUUUCAUCCUCAAAAUACUAUUGCUGAUGCUCAGAACCUUUCCCAGGAAACUCAAGGUUCUAUUUUUCAUAGUCCAAAUCCUAUUGUCCACAGUCAGACUUCUACAACCUCCUCUGAACAAAUGCAGCCUCCAAUGUUUCAUUCUCAAAAUACCAUUGCUGUGUUACAGGGCUCUUCAGUUCCUCAAGACCAGCAGUCAGCCAACAUAUUUCUUUCCCAGAGUUCCAUGAGUAAUCUUCAGACUAACACAGUAGCCCAAGAGGAACAGAUUUCAUUUUUUGCAGCACCAAACUCAAUUUCUCCACUUCAGUCAACAUCAAAUACUGAACAGCAAGCUGCUUUCCAACAGCAAGCUCCAAUAUCACACAUCCAGACUCCUAUGCUUUCCCAAGAACAGGCACAGUCCUCCCAGCAGGGUUUAUUUCAGCCUCAAGUGUCCCUGGGCUCCCUUCCACCUAAUCCAAUGCCUCAAAGCCAACAAGGAACCAUGUUCCAGUCACAGCACUCAAUAGUUGCCAUGCAGAGUAACUCUCCAUCCCAGGAGCAGCAGCAGCAGCAGCAGCAACAACAACAGCAGCAGCAGCAACAACAACAGAGCAUUUUAUUCAGUAAUCAGAAUACCAUGGCUACAAUGGCAUCUCAAAAGCAACCACCACCAAACAUGAUAUUCAACCCAAAUCAAAAUCCCAUGGCUACUCAGGAGCAACAGAACCAGUCAAUUUUUCACCAACAAAGUAAUAUGGCCCCAAUGAAUCAAGAACAGCAGCCCAUGCAAUUUCAGAGUCAGUCCACAGUUUCCUCACUUCAGAACCCAGGUCCUACCCAAUCUGAAUCAUCACAGACCCCCUUGUUCCAUAGCUCUCCUCAGAUUCAGUUGGUACAAGGGUCACCUAGUUCUCAAGAGCAGCAAGUAACACUCUUCUUAUCUCCAGCAUCCAUGUCUGCCUUGCAGACCAGUAUAAAUCAACAAGAUAUGCAACAGUCUCCUCUUUAUUCCCCUCAGAACAACAUACCUGGAAUUCAAGGAGCCACAUCUUCGCCUCAACCACAGGCUGCUUUAUUUCACAACACAGCAGGAGGCACAAUGAACCAACUACAGAAUUCUCCUGGCUCAUCUCAGCAGACAUCAGGAAUGUUCUUAUUUGGCAUUCAAAAUAACUGUAGUCAGCUUUUAACCUCUGGACCAGCUACAUUGCCUGAUCAGUUGAUGGCCAUAAGUCAGCCAGGCCAACCACAAAAUGAGGGCCAGCCACCUGUGACAACACUUCUUUCUCAGCAAAUGCCAGAGAAUUCUCCACUGGCAUCGUCUAUAAACACCAACCAGAACAUUGAAAAGAUUGAUUUGCUUGUUUCGUUGCAAAACCAAGGGAACAACUUGACUGGCUCCUUUUAACUGGAUGUAAAUUCCAUGAAGAAAAUCCUGAUUCCAAGAUAUCCUGAGAUCUUGUGGUUUCAUGAGAAUGAUUGAACUGUUAACUUUAAAAACAAAACAAGAUAUGAAAAAAUGUAUUUGAGUAAAUUGAUAGAUUUUACUCUGACUGCAAAAGAGCACACCUAUGCUGCUUGUUGCAGUGAUGAACCACCAAUGUUAACAUCUUCAUAUUUUAUAUUCCUAAUAACAGUGAUGACUGAGAAUCUGUUUGAGUUUCCAGCUGGCAGAAUUAAUUGUUACUAUUUUCCUAGGCGUAAUUUCCUUAAAAGUACAGUUUAAAUUCAAGGCUGGACCACUCAGUUAUUAUUGCUAUUAGAAAAUGAUAUGUCAUGUUUACUUUUGUUCUUCAUUAUUUUCUUUCCUGUGUUGUUUUAGUCAAGUAAUGGCUUUUGAAAAAGUAAAGUUCAAUAAUAACUAAGGCAUAUUUUUUAUAAAAGGCACAGCUGUUGGCCACAGUGAAGGAAUCUUUUUUUCAGUUUCUAUGGAGAAACUGAAGGGAUAACAUUCUAACAAGUAAACUGUAUAUACAGAUAAAAGGACUCUUGAUUUAACACAAAGGCAUAUGAUGCACUUAUAAAACUGGAAACAGCUGGAAUGCUAUUUUAUUUUUCAGAGAGUUGUUCUCUGGGUUUCUACUAAAGGGGUUUAGCCAUAACUGUGCAUAGAAAAAUAAUUAUCUUUACUAAAAGAAUGAAGGGGAUAAUAUAUGAUAAAUUAUGUUCUGAUAUCCUCCUACAGUAGUUUAAACUGACAGAAAAAUUUGAGUGUUUUCUUCUUAACCCAGUAUUAGGCUGGUUUUCCCUUUUUAUAUACAUCUAUAUUACUUUUCACUUCUUUUUCUCUUUACUUUAGAGAACUAUUAAUGUACUACUGGCUUCAUGACCCUGUAGCAUCUUUGGCCACUUUAAUCUAGGGUGACCUAGCAUUCCUGCAGCACAGGGCAGAGAGUAUUCUCUUAGGAAUUAUUGGGAGUUGAUUCCUGAGAAACAACACAUUUUUUCCCCAUGGACGGUGCUGUUCUGAAGUCUUCAAAUUUUUCCCUCUAAUAGGAAACAGUAUAAAUUUCAAUUUAAAAAAAAAAAAAGGCAAACUAAAAUUUCUUGAAACAUCACUUCUCCCCGAUCUGCAGUGAGUAUAAAUUCACUUGUCACCUCAGUGCUUUACAGUUUGAAGUGGUCACUUACCUGAUGGUUCCCAAAAGCCUUAGGCUUUACAGGGUCAUAUCAUUGACUUAAAAUGAAGAAUUAACUUGUGUUACAUCUAUAAAGAGCAAAAUAACACUCCAGAACUUGGCAGUUGUAGCAUUAGUUAUACAGUUUUGGGUGUUCUUGCCACCCGUGGGAUGCCUGCUUCUCACUACCACCUGUGUCUGGACACAUGCUUAUGUCUCAUUUUCCUUUUGGCAUGUGGAAAGCUGUCAAUGCAGUGUAAGGCCAACGUGUGUGUGGCUUCUAUGUGUUUAUAUAAUGUUUUGGUAUCCUCGUUCGUUUCAUUUAUUUUUUAAGUGUACAAAAAAUGGCCUGUUAAUUGUUGAAGGCUACUUUUCUGUUUUUGUUUUCUAUCCUGUACAUUUAGUUGAAAUGUGUGGAAUUGUGGUGUUGGUUUUGUUUAUACAGCCAGAUUUUUCCUUUUUUGUGUGUGUGAUGAUCUUCCUUUGUUCUUUGAAUGUGCCCUUUUAAGUGGUCUUUUUCUCUUUAUUCACAUGUUUUCUUCCCUCCACCUCCACCCCUUUCUUUCUUUCUCUCUCUGAUUGAGAGGCAUUGAAUUACGUUUUCAGUAGUACAGGCUUCUUGCCAAUAUGAAGGGAACUUUUCAGAAAGAGACCUACUCUGGGUCAUUUAAUUUUGAAUACAGUUUUCAAUCGUUCAAGUUUUGGAUGGUUUAUAUCUAAUGUGUGUUUCAUUUUUUUGGAAAGCUAUAUUUUGUAUUUAGGAAAUGGUAUACUAUUUUGCUAUUUGUACUGAGUGAGUACAUUGGCAUAAAUAUAGAAAUUUAUAUAUAUACAUAUAUAUAAACUAUUCUUUUUUGCCACACAUUUUUGUGGUAAAUUUGUGAGUUUGUCUGAUGUUCUACCACAACGUGGCGUCUGAUAACAGUGAGGGGAGGGGGGGUUUGUUAUGUCUUUAUUGAGUAUUUAAGUAUCUUUUGAAACAAAUGACCUGUUCAUCUGUGGCCAUUCCAUCAGGCAGUUCCUUGAUGUUAAUAGUGGGCUAAAGGCAGCUUACUGUGUGUUUGCUGGAGCUUUCACUCAGCCAAGUGUUAGAGUAAGGAAACGCAUUGAGGCAAUGGCUUCAAAUGGUGUUUCACAAGAAUGAGCCAUUCAGUCUUUGCUCACUAUAUAUUUAAUAUUUUAUUAUUGUUAUUGUUAUUAUUAAUUGGCUUUCUGUAUUCUAUGCCUUUUAUUUAUAAAGACACUAAGAAAACCCAUGUUUGUAAUUUUAAUAACAUUUUUCCCCAUCUUGUAAUAUCCCAAGCUACUUUAUAAAUUCUCUGAACCAAAAGUAUUUUCCUCAGUGUAUCUCUUCUCCCCCAGCCCUUUUGGGAAAAAUUACCCAGUAUAGUUCAGGUUAUGAGGAGGAUCAGCCACACAAUCCAGUGCUUCACUUUGAAAAUGUAAAACUCUAACCCUAAAGUAGGGUCGAUUGAAAUGUCAGACAAAGCAAACCCAGCAAGUAUAAAAAGAAGUAGUAGAAAUAAAAAUCUGUAAGUUUAUUUUUGAAUUUUCUGAACUUUUUUCUAGGAGAUUAUGUAGAGACUAAAGGAAUCUGUUUACCAAAUUCUAAUUAGGAUGAUUGUUAAUAUCGCACUGUAGAUGAAGUAGUGGCAAGACUGGCUUGUGUGCUGACUUCUUUUCUGUGGUUUAGCAAGAGGUUUAUUGUUAUAAAAUGCUGAUUGGCAAUGCCAAGUCACUGGGACCAAUUUUCUGUUUUAUAAUACCUAAGUUUAGAACAGAAUAUAUACCUGAACUGUAGUGGUUUGAUUGGAUGGAGGCAGAAAAUCUUAUUUUUAUUCUCAUAAAUUUUGUGAUUAUUUAUACAAGGGCUGUGCUAUGCUACCAUAUUCUUGUUAAAUAAUAAUAGGUUUUUUGUGUUUUUACAUUGUUAAAUGUUCCUUACCCCUAAAGGUCAAUGUUAAGUACAACAUUCUGAAAAUACAAUUUGGUUACAAAGAGUAUUCAUCUUCUUUGAAGCUCAGUGGUUGAUACUUGUGCUAAUAAUGCAAUUUCCUUAUUACUGUUACAAAUUAUAGCUACAUAUAGGAGAGACUCAGUGAGCCAGCAAAGGCCAUAGAAACAACAAUUUAUUAAAUGUAUUUAUGGCAGAAGGACCUAAAUAAACUGUGAGCCACCUUUUCUUUGUAUUGUUACAUUCAAUUGUCGUUGAUUUCAGCAACUCACAUUAAUGCUUGGAGCUUAUCUCUCUCUCUCUCUCUCUCUCUCUCUCUCUCUCUCUCUCUCUCUCUCUCCCCCCCUCCCCUCCACCCCGUGUGUGUGUGUGUGUGUGUGUGUGUGUGUGUGUGUGUGUGUGAUUCCUUAUUGUCAUGAUUCCAUUAUAUAUCCACACCAACAUGGGUGACGAUAAUGCCAAGUCAUAAUUUGCCUCUGAGCUUGAUCAUGUUACCUUUAUAAUUAGAGUAUCAUGUUAUUUAGCCAUUGCAAAUCUGUUUUAAAACAACUCAUUUUAAAAAAAGAAGAAGUUUUUAAGGGCUUUAUUAUAGAAGAAGUAUUAAUGAAGGACUUUCCUUCCUCCCUUCUUUCCUUCCUUCCUUUCCUCCCUCCUUUCUUUCCUUCCUUCCUUUCCUCCCUCUCUCCCUUUUCCCCUUCCUCCUUGCCUUCUUCGUUUCUUCCCUUAUUCCUUUCUCCCUCUUUUCUCCCUCUCUUCCAUCCAUCCUUCCUUGCUUUUUUUUUUUUUUUUUUUAGUAAUAUCACAUGUGCUAUAGUUUGGAAUUUUAUUCUAGUGCAUUUCUUGCCCAUCAGAACCUCAGCUAAUCUACAUAGGAAAAAUAGUGUCAAAGGAAAUGAAUUUGUAUCUGAGUCCCUCCAGAACUAAGAUAAUUCUUUUUGACCAUUUAAGCCUUUAUAAAUGCUUGUUUUAGGAAAUUGAAUCUGUUAGAUGCAUCAACAAAAUAAUGACUAGAUAAAAUGAUUUAAUAAUUAAAGUCUCAAAUUCACCAUGGUUAUACAUUUUCACCAGAAAUAGUAAUUUUUAUAAUUUUUCAUUUUUCUCAUGAAGAUUUUUAUUCCAGUAUCUGUUUCCUAAUUGAUUUUUAAAAUUAAUUAGCUUUCCCCUGCUUUAUGACCAUAGGCUUUAUCCCUAACCAAGACAACUGUCUUAUAUCUGCAUGCCCUAGGCUCUAUGGAGGGACUCCAUGAAGAAAGACCAUAGGUUAGAAAAAUAACUCAGAGAAUAUACCCUAGCAAGUGGGUUAGUAGAAUCUCAUAACAUGUAUUAAAAAGAGGUUUUCUCCUCUGCCUGUUUGUGUCACUAGAGCAAAAUUGUAGAGAUAAUGUUCAUAAUAUAGUAACUAUCAGAAUAAUAUCUACAGUAUCAUUUGUGGAUGAUCCCAGUGCUCUAGUUACCUUUUUUUUUUUUUUUUUUUUUGGUGAGACAAAGUCUUGCUUUGUUGCUCAGACUGGAGUGCAGUGGUAUGAUCUCAGCUCACUGCAACUUCCACCUCCUGGGUUCAAGCGAUUCUCCUGCCUCAGCCUUUCGAGAGGCCAGGAUUACAGGUACUCACCACUACACACUACACCUAGCUAAUCUUUUUUUGUAUUUUUAGUAGAGACAGGAUUUCACCAUGUUGGCCAGGCUGGUUUUGAACUCCUGACCUCCAGUGAUCCACCCACCUCAGCCUUCCAAAGUGCUAGGAUUACAGGCAUGAGCCACCACACCUGGCCUAAUUACUUCUUUAAUCCCCAUUUAUUUUUAUGCCAUUCUAGCCUAAUUUAUUAAUAGAAUUCUGUUUUUUACUCUUUCAAAAAAUUUUUUAAAUUAAUAUUUUAUAUCUAGAUUCAAUGCUAUGGAAAAGUGCCUUUUUAUCAUUUAUAAUUUCAUUUUUCACUAUUUCCAAAAACACAUAAACAGAGAGUUUCAACAGAUCCCAGCUUUCACUUUUUCAAUUUAAACCUUCUUUUCUCCAUUUCUUCCCUUUGGCUUAAGAAUAACAGAAAAGGUAUAUUGCUAGAAUUGUUUCUUUCAGAGACGGCAAAAGAUUACAGAAUUAGACUGUUCAGGCUUUAUGUAAAUAAAAUUUGUCUUCAUUUUAACCAGCUAAAGGUAGGUCUUAAAUGAAUGCUGAUUAGAAUUUUAGCAUCUGUGAAACUCCAUGUGCACAGAUGUGUGUAAAUUUCAGAGAGAAAGUGUUUAAAGCAUUUUCUCUGAUGUUAAUUAGAUGGAGAUAAAUCACUAAAACAUAGUUUAGGUAAAGCCUAACUAUGUCACUUUUUUUUUUUUGACUAGACAAGGCAAAGUUGUUUAUUUUAAUAUACUUCUUGUCUACCGUCAGUUAAUUCACCUAGAAAAAAAGGGUGAAAGGAAAUGAGAAAGGAGUCCCUCCAGACUUAAGGUAAUUCCUUUUGAUCAGAUACAGUUGGACAGAGGGCCCUGGUUUUUGUUAAUUUUGCCUCUAUUCCAGCUCAUUACCACAGUGGUGGUGCUUGAAGAAAGUGCCAUCAGCAACAGGUCAGGAUAGUAGUACCUUUGGAUAGGGCUGCUUUCCCCAUGCUAGUAUUUCUGUGACCGUUAGUGGCACUGAAGACUGCAAACUCUUAUGCAAUAUUCUUAAUACCCUAUUGAUAUUAUGCACUUCAAUCAUUCCAAAGAAGCCAAGAAUGCUGUAUAGUGAUGAUUCCUUCCUAAUGAAUACAUCUUAACUAUUUAGAAUAUUAUGUCCCUUUUCUUUUGAAUAGCCAACUUGGUAUAAAUGUUUAUGGAUUUUUCUAAAAUGACUGUAUAGGACCUAAGACUUUGAAAUGUAAUUUACUAUAAGGUGAAAUGAUUACGCUUUAGCAAAUCAUUUUAGAAACAUCACAUUUUAGAAACAUUCAGCUUGCUAACCUACAUGUUUGGGAAUUCAUUCAAACCAGCUGUUUUUCUAUAUAUUUUGUGUCAUGUAUAUAAGAACAUUUCAAUAUAUCAUUUUCUAUGUACAUAGUAUGUGCAAACCUGUGGUUCUCAGAGUAUGGUUCUCAGCCCACCAGCUAGUAUCAGUAUCACCUGGGAACUAGUUAGAAAUGUAAAUUCUUGGGCCCCAUCCCAGACAUACUGAGUCAGAAACUUUGGAAUAGGGCCCAGCAAUCUGUUUUCACAAGCCCUCCAGGUGAUUCUGAUGCACACUUUAAAGUUUAAGAACCACUGGUCUAAGGCUAUAUUGAGAUCUAGAGAGUUUUUCUUCAACUCAGACUGAUACACAUUGUUCUUCAUGUAAAUUUAGCUUAACGUGGUUAUCUAUAAUCUUUUAUUGGCAAAGAUAAUUUAUUCUCAGUACUGCCUCUAGAGAGAUCCGGUAUAUUUUAUGUACAUACACAGCCUAAUUCUUGAUAAUUCUGUUAACUUAGUUUGGAAUUUUUCUACCACUUACUAAAAAGUUUACAUGAAAUGGUUAAUUUAAAUAUAUAGGUGCAAUGUUCUAUAUUUAUUUUCAUUGUUAUGUCAUUUAAGUAGCUAAUAAAAUUGACCGGUGCUAAAGACCUGUUUAUCCAUAAAAUGGGUACCUUGUGGGCGGUGUAAUACAAGCAUUCUUUCCAUUGCCUCGUACUUUACCAGCAGACCACAGUUUUGCUCUGGGUAGACCGUCCCUCAGAACAAAACCAUCAUUCCUUGUAUUUAUAUUUGUAUCUGAGAUAGUCAACAAGAUGGCUGGCCAGGUCAACAUAGCACCUUAACUUAUUUUUUUAAUAGGUAGAACUUCUUCAAAAGUAGUUUGUUCUGUAUAAGACCUAAGCUAUCAGUGGAGAUAUAGCUAUCCUUGGAGCUUAUGCUUCAGACAAGAAUUAUUAACUAAAAUAACAAGAUAAUGUGUUACAUAAUUUGGGCAUUUCUCCUUUCUCAAGUGUAUGCAAUCAUGGUAGAUAUAAACUAACCACAACAUAGGUAGAUCGACUGAUUUCAUUUUAAUUUCCUGUGUAAAUUCAGUACCUCUGUAAUUGUUCUAAUCUUCUUCCCACUGUUUACAAAUCACCAGUUAGUUAAUUUGAGAAAGAAAAAUUCACAUUUCAAAAUAAAAGUAAAUGUAUACUCACUUUAUGAAAAUCAUCACUGCUGUCUUUCCUUAAUACCAGCAGUGGACAUGUGAGUGGCUUAUUCUACAAAUUUUGGUGCUGGCAAAUACAUAGGCAAACUGUUGGGAGCUGCUCUGGUUACAUUCCUCCUUUCUUAUUCCCUUUUUCUCUUCCCCAUUUUUUUCACAAUAUAUUCCUGUACCCAAAGCAUUCUACCACAGUUCUAUUUGACUCCCACUUGUAAUACCCCCUUUAAGCAAUUCCGUGUUUAACCAUGUGAUCCAGCUUGCCCCCUCAUGUUCUCCCUCCCUCUCCCUCUCCUUUCUCUCUCUUCCAGAAGUCAUUUGCCCGGUUUGAAAUAUUUUUUAGGGCUUGCUUAUUGCUAUUAUUUUAGCUGCUGAACCUCGGGACAAUAUAUACACACACUUACACACCUACACACACAUACACGCACACAAAAUCUCAGCUGUUGAAGAGUGGGUUUGGAAUCAGACUUCUGUGACCAGUAAAGAACUGUCCUGUGCUGAAGUCAUUGUAACUUUAGUAGUUACAGACUGAUUCCAGUGAACUUUAUCUGAUUUCUUUUAAUCUAAUGAAUGUAUCCACUUACCUUGUUUCCUUCUAAAUUGAUAAGCUCCAAGUAGUUGCUAAUUUUUUGACAACUUUAACUGAGUUUCAUUCAGUUCUUAUACUAAGUGUUUUAAGUAUGCUACCAAUAUUUCAUUAACCUGUUCUCAAGUGGUUUAGCUACCAUUCUGCCAUUUGUAAUUUUUAUUUAAUUUUAUUUGCUUGAGCACACUCAUCAACCACUGAACUACUUUCUUCCAUUGUCCUGCAGUGAAAUAAGGGUUACAUUUUUGUGUAUAUGGCUUUCAUAGUUGGGAUUUCAGAGCACUGAUACCAGAUAAUUUUCAGUUUGUUCUCUGGGGGAAUUUCAUUUGCGUCUAUGUUUUUAGCUAUCUGUGAUAACUUGUUAAAUAUUAAAAAGAUAUUUUGCUUCUAUUGGAACAUUUGUAUACUCGCAACUAUAUUUCUGUAAACAGCUGCAGUCAAAAAUAAAACACUGAAAGUUUUCA